UGCAGUCAGCCAUGGCUCCUAAGAAAAAAGGACAGGGCAAGAAGGAGAAGAAGAAGAAGAAGAAGACAGAUAUCCAGGUAGCUACUAAGGCCAUCGAAGGAGUCGUAACAGAGACCCGGGAGUUCUACCACAUCCAAAUCCGGGACCUGGAGAAUCGGCUUGACAGGUACAAAAAGAAGUGGGAUGAGUUCUUCCAGCAGGACAAAGUGUUGCAGGAAGAGUUUAACCAGCUGGCUCAUAACAAAAAGGAGGUUGUUUCCUUCCUGAAACGAACUCUUAACCAACGUGUGGAUGAGAUCGCUGACCUUAAUUCUCAGCUGCAGGGGCUGCAGAUCUCCAAAGAGAUGGAGAAAGAUGCCUUUGAGGCCCAGCUGGCCCAGGUACGCCAUGAGUUCCAGGAGACCAAAGACCAGCUCACCAUGGAGAAUAUAAUCUUAGGGGGUAAGCUGGCUGCCCUAGAGGAGUUCCAAUUCCAGAAAGCUGAUCUCUUGGCCAAGUUUUCCCUUUUGGAGGAUCAGCUGAAGAAGCAGCAAGAUGACUACAAGUCCUAUGUUUGCCACAUGGAAAGGAAGGCUUUGAUGGAUAAAGAAAGACUUCGGAAGGACAUAAUCCAUCGUAUAAACACAGUGGCAGCUGAGUUUCGAAGGUUUUCUAGCUCCCAGAUGGCAGAGACAACAAAGAGAGCUAUUCGGGAGAAUGUGACAGUGGCUCUGGAUCUGGCCAAAAUAAACUCUGGAAACUUGGAGCAGAUAAAGGAGAAUGAUGGGCUGAAAGAGUCUAAGGUGGAGCUGUGCAAACAACUGGCCCUUCUGGAGAGAGAUGAGAAGACCAUGGUCAAAAAUAGCCUCACUCAUGUCAAAGUGAUCCAACUUCUUUCUGAAAAGUUCCAGGAGCAGCAGCGUGCAGAAAUUGAAGCUGACCAGCUUCAGCUAAUAUUGAAUCAGGCGGAGAUUGCUUUUCAGCAGGUGGAGGGAGAUAAUGAGGAGCUAAAGAACAAGAUAAAGAGCUUGAGGAUGCAACUGAAUAGUCAGAAGAUUGAGGGGAAGAGACUGAGAAGGGAGCUGGAGAAGGAGAGGGUUAAUCGACAAAGCCUGGAGGUUUUGCUGACCAAAGCCACUCGCCACCUCCAGGACUUGCUAAAGGUAUGCCCUGAGAAAACUGAGGCUGGCAAGGUAGACAUGUUGUUCCAGCUGGGGAGGAAGGAGAUGCUUCGGAAGCUAUUGGCUAUGCUGAAUGAGGCUAUGGUGGUGGGGCCCCAUAUCCCCGAGUUUGUGCCUCCCUCAAUCAAGUCCCCCUCAAUCCAGUCCUUGAUGACUAUUGAAGAGAGUUGUCAGCAGCCUGAGCCCCAACCCCUGCUCCAGCAACUGGCCAACAUUCAGCCUUACAGGCUUGGGGACUUGGGCCUGGUGCCCCGUCCACCUUCAACCACCGGGGAUGGCCAAGAUGCUGUUACAUUCAGAAACCUUAGACCUGUUAAAGCCUUCAGCAGCCCUGAGAUUCCAGGUCCUCGAAUUUUGAGAGGGAUCAAGCAGGUCAGCAUGCCAGCUAUUCACCUGCACCCUAAUGUGGGGGGACAGCAGGAAUAGCACCACUUUCCCCAUUCCCUGGCCCUCUGUUCAAAAAGGGAAGUGAAAGAAGAAAUGCAUGAAGAAGAAAUGCAGACUUGGACCUUGGUGGCCUCAUCUUCAUUUCCUGGGCAAGGGUGGGAGAGAAGGUAAAUGCUUUAUAAAAUGGUUACUACACAGGAAUGGAAGAGAAUCCAUGCUGGCGCCU